AGUUUAUGCACAAGUUAGGCUGUGUCCCCAGUAAGCAAACUGUCAGCGGCCGACUGAGUGAGCCGCAAAUUUGCAGCGAACUGAAAUUUGAGUUAGCUGCAGACUCAAAUCAAUUUUCGUGCGUCGCAAGCAAACUUGAGAGAGUUAGCCGCUUAUUUAGCCGACCGACUUAAUUAUCACUUUACUUUUGUUGUACGAAGGGAGUGGUUGUGUUGGUCACGAUGGAUAUUUUUGAAGUAAUUGGUAUCUUAGAAGCGCUGAAAGAGGAUAAAAGGAAGCACUGGGUUCACCCAUUAUUCAAGAAAAGGUUGAGCAUUGGACAAUUUCACACUCUUUAUCCAGAACUAAGGAAACAUCCAGAAAAAUUUUACGACUAUUUCAAUAUGACUUCUCAUACAUUUGAUGAAUUGCUUAAAUCUAUAACCCAGUACAUAGCUAAAAAUAAUAUCACAAGAGAUACAUUAUGUCCCGAAGAACGGCUUACUAUAACUUUGAGAUUCUUGUCAAGUGGACUAAGUUACAGAAAAAUUGCACAAGAGUUUCUUGUUGGAAAAUCGACGGUAUCGAAAAUAAUAAGUGAAACUGCAUGCAUUAUAUGGGAUAUUUUACAGCCACAGGAAAUGCCGGAACCUUCUGAAGAAUUGUGGCUAGAAAUAGCAAAACGAUAUUAUAAAAAAACCAACUAUCCUAAUUGUAUAGGAUCUAUCGAUGGCAAGCAUAUCCGUAUUAGAAAACCACCAAAAAGUGGGUCUAACUAUUUUAAUUAUAAGAAGUUCUUCUCAAUUGUUCUGUUAGCCGUAGCAGAUGCAAACUGUUCUUUUAUAGCUAUUGAUGUAGGUGCUUGCGGACGAAAUGCUGACAGUAAUAUAUUUAAAGAAAGUGGUUUUGGCAAAAAAUUGGCGUGUGGGUCUCUGAAGAUUCCUAACUCAACUAAAUUGCCUAAUUCAAAUGGAUUGCCCCAACCUUUCGUGUUUCUUGGAGAUGAGGCAUUUGGAUUACAAAAGCAUAUCUUGAGGCCUUUUCCUAAUAAAAGUUUAAAUAAGGAAGAGCGAAUUUACAAUUAUCGUCAUAGUCGAGCUAGGAGAUGCGUGGAAUGUGCAUUCGGCAUCCUAACAAGCAAAUGGAGAGUUCUGCAUACACCGAUCGCUACUAAUGUGAAUACAACCAUCGCUAUCGUAAAAGCCGUUUGUAUUUUACAUAAUUUUGUCAUAGCAAGAGAACAAGCACAAUAUGCACAUAUUUCGCGACGUACCUCAACAACUCUUACAAGUUCAAGGAGCCAAAUUAUUACUGUAUCAAAUUCUGGAAAAACAACAAGAGAAAACUUUAAAAACUAUUUUCUUAACGAAGGAAAGCUAUCCUGGCAAGAGAAAUAUUUGUAAGUUGUAGCUACAGGAAGAAAUAGUGUAACGGAGUGUGUAAAGCCGUAAAUACUAUGUAAAUUAUGAUACUUUGUUUUAUGUAGUGAGUGAUACAAGUAUAUUGUUGAAUAAAUAAUAAAUUCAUUAGAAUGGAA